GUUUGAUGUGCUUGACACUUGUAAUCCUUUUUGCACUCCAGUCGGUGGUUCUUCUGUGUCUGGUGUUCAGUGUGCAUAUCAGGCCAAAGCUACAGCAAUGGCCUUCGAUAUUGGGAAAGGGUUGAUGGCCCUACUCAUGGUUGUCAACUUCUGCCUGUACUUCAUCGCUGCUUGCUUGGCUGGGUCUAUCUUGAACCGCAACCUUGACGUCAACGUCGGCCGAAAUGACGACCUACAAACCGGAAAUGUUGCCACUGUUGUCUUCAUUCCAAUCGCUCUGAUUGCAUCCAUGGUCGGUCUCGCAUCAGUCUUCGCAGGAGCUAACCAUGCUCACAUCAGGCGUGCCGAGAGUCUCGCAGCCGUUUCCGCCACGUCUACGGUCGCAUGGUUGCUCACUCUCCUGGCAAUGGGCAUUGCUUGCAAGGAGAUUCACACCGGCUAUGGACGUAGUAAGAGACUGAAAACCUUGGAGGCUUUCAUGAUCAUCCUAUCUCUCUUCGAGCUACUCUACUUAUUGGCCUUGCACGUGGGAUCUAUCUUCCAUGAAGGCCACUCAAGCCCUUCUAGCAACCGCGCUGUCAAGGACCCCAACCUUGGAACCCCGGCAGCAACCGCUGUGUGAUCACAAAAAAACAUUGAUUACUUUGAGUAGCAAUUUCUGAUCCAAAUGCCGUUCUUGGCGUAUCAUUGUGCUGUGACAGUCGCCACAGUCCCUGUACAUUACUUCAAUAUAAUCGAGACAUUCCUCUGUCAACAACCUCUCAGUAAAAUGGCAGCUUCAUUUCUCAUUA